AUGCUCAAGAUGAGGGAGUGUGGAAAUACGACACUUGAGGCAUGUACAAACGUUAACAUUGUAGCAAACAUCAUAAAAAUGUUUGGAUAUUUCUAUGUGCAAGCUCAUAAAACACCUAAGGAGUGCCCAGCAAUUGAUUAUACUCGACAUACUUUAGAUGAGUUAGCAUUAAGGAAUCAUCUGGUAGCAAAACUUGGAUCAGUGUGUCGGAGAGUAUAUAGGAUCUUUCUCAUGCUUACUUUCAUCAUCGAACGAUAUUGA